AUGUCUUCGAGGUACCAGAUGUCGCCAGCUGAUGGCAACCUUUUGUACAGAUACGUGGCCAAUUUACCGUUAGGUGGCUUCUGUUUUUCUCCUGUUUACGCCGUCGGCCGCGAGGGAGCAGCAGCUGCAUCAGCACAACUAGAAGGCUGCUUGCGGGCUGAAUCGGCAGUUGCUGACUUCUCAAGCCUUGGUGCAGCACUCGAUUCUUCUAAGCUCCUUCUGGAAAAUAACCAGCCAUGUCUGACGACGAAGAGCGAUCUGGGGAGGAAUCCGAAGAAGAAACUGAGCUCUGAAGAGGAAUCCGAGGAGGAAGAAGAGGAAGAAGAAGAAGAGGAAGAGAAGGUAAACCCUGAAGAGGCCAAGAGACAAGCUGAAGCCGCUCGCAAGGCUGAGGAGGCUAAGAGAAAGAAGGAGGAAGAAGAACGAAAGAAGCAGGCUGUUCUUGAUAGAGAACAUGCCAAGGAAGAUGAGGCCCGCAGGAGGAUCGAGGAGAGGGAACGCAAGAAGGCUGAGGUGAGGAAGAGGUUGGAGGAGAGCAGCCAGAAGAAGAAGAAUGGUUUCCUGACUGGCGCCCGCAAGAAGAAGCUGAAGGCUUUCUUGAUGAAGAAGAUCCGUGAGGACAUGUUGGCAGAAAUCCAGAGGAAAGAAGAACAGAAGAAGAGAGCUCUGGCCGAGAGAGUGCAGCCCCUUCCUAACAUGGAAGCCCUGAACGCAGGCCAGCUGGAGGCUCUAUGCAAUAAGCUGUUGGCUCAGAUCGCGAAGGUGGAGGGUGACAGGUUUGACCUGAUGAACAACAUCCAUGACAACGACGCACACAUCAUGGACAUGCAGUAUGCUGUCAACGACCUUAGGGGCAAGUUCAUCAAGCCCCCUCUCAAGAAGAUUUCCAAGUACGACAACAAGUUCGCCAAGAUGAAGCAGCUGCAGAAGAAGGGAGCAUCCAACUUCCGCGAGGGCCUCAAGUCUACUGGCAAGGACAAAUAUGCACUGGAGGCUGAAGAAGACCCAGACAAGGCCAAGCCAGACUGGGCAGCCAAGCACUAAGGCGCAUCUCUCUUCGAUUGAGCGAAGACGUACUGUGGCUUGCUCCAUCGUGCCACAUGUACCCUGCACGGCCACCAGUCUCAACAGCUUGCUUACAGCGUGCAGCAGAAGGGCCGCCGUGCAGGGUAUUCCAAUCUCAACUCACCUCCUGCUCAGGAAGUGUGCUGGCAAACCACCAGGUGCAUCUCUAUGCUACCGAACCAUCGUGGCUCUUCAGAAGGCAGCUUAACUCGACGUGUUCGGAUCUAAGCCGGGCCAAUUUAUCAUUCGACUUCACACACAGAUUGCUUCACCCGCUACACACACAUCUUCCGAUGAAGGUGCCUUGCGCAUUUAACAAAUCAACCGGAACCAUUUUCCGUAGAUUCAUGACUAUUUUGUGCCAGGAGAGAAAGCAUGCACUUUUCUCCAACUAAACGUUCACAAGUCGCAACCUUCAGCUCUUAGCAGAUGUAGUGCUUUCCGGGGCUAGCCAAACUUUGCGGUUGAGGAGUAUUAUACUACCACCUAGUGCAGACACAUCUCACCCAAGUUACCCUGACAGCGAUAACUAACAUAUUCGUUUCAUACACCAGCAUCAAACGGGUAUUGCUUAGUAUCCCCUCGGCUGUAUGAUCACAACAUUGGCGCCACCUGGUGUAGGGUGUUGUAUGCCGCCGAGUUGCCAAGGCAACAGACAUCAUGAAAUAGGUCUGGUGGCGGUACUAAGUUUUCAGUUGCUCUUGCGCUUUUUUAACAGUCUGAAUUUUGUUGUAAUAGUGUAGUUUUGUGCCAUUUUUCUAAUAUCUAUUAUACAUUGACAUGGGGAAUUUUCAUAUUUAUCUUUAGUUAAGGAAAAAUUAUGUAAUUUAUUAUCAUUAAUGAUUAAUUUAUCAUUUAUUAUUAUUACUUGUUGGAUUUGAAUCUGCUUACACAUAUUUGUCUAGUAUUUGUACACGAGGACAGUAUAGUACAUUAAAUUGUGGUGACAAAAUUUA